AUUUUAUUGAAAGAAUGAAGUUUCUGGUUAGUUAUAAUGGAUAAUUUUUAGAGGGAAAUGUUCAUUUGUGAGUAUUUGCACGUUAUUUUUGUUUGUGUUUUGUGUUAUUUAUAAAGUUUUGAAUGUGUUUACAAUGCCUGCUGUAGCAUUAGAUAGAGAAACGUUUUUAAAGCGUUUAAAACAUUUAUACAGUUUAUGGAAGGUAAUAAUUAUUUAUUAUUCAUAAUAUUAAAAAUUAAAAUUGUUACACAACCUAUAAUUUGUUGUUUAUACUACAUUUCAGAAUAGUAAAGAUGAAAAUGUGCGAUCCUUAACUAAUGUAGAUGCUUUUACAUGUGCUGUGGGAGUAGAUGACUAUACUAUGUAUAGUAAAUCUUCAUCUCUACAGGUAAUUUAAUUGAAUCAUGUUGUACACCUAAUUGAACAAAAAUUUGAAUAUUUUAUUGUAUUAAUAAAAAUAAAUGAAAAUUAAUACCAUUUUAAUAGUAAUUAUUAAUUUUAAUUAUAAAUUAAUUUAUGAGUGUUUUUUUUUUUCAUGGUUGAACUACCCAGUGGUGAGGGAUCUGUUUACACAAUACUUGAUUAAUAAUUUGUAUAUAAAUUAAAAACAAUAUUAUUUUACAAAAUAGCUCUCAAUUCACCCAACAUUUUUUUUAUGUAUUCAAACAUUCAAUUGUAAACUAUUCACUAAAGAUCAUUGUUAGGUUAAAGAAUAAUGUUAAAAACAAUUUUUUGAUACCUAGAGGUGAAUAAUUUAUCUCUCCACUUUUGUGAUUUUAUUAUUAGCAAUAUAGAUUAACAUUAAAUUAUAUUCACUCUGAACUACAUAUCAGUAAAGUAGACACAUCAAUUGCUGGCCAACUCUGUUUUUAGCUAUGUCAUUUAUUUCAUAUAAAUGCUUUUCGUGGAGCGUUAUUAAAAAUUAAUUGUGUCCCAAAUAAUGUAAUAGUUAGUUUCAAUACUAUAUAUCCAAUACAACCUUAGGCUCAUAGGGUGUAGUAUAUUUAUAUCUAUUUAUGUAAUUUGUUAUAACAUGUAUUUACCUAUUACGUAUAAAUGUGUGUAUUUAUUACUUUAUAAACAUUGAUUAAAACCUUAAAUUAUUUAAAAUUAUAAUUUUUCUUUUAGAUUUGGUUAUUUGGGUAUGAAUUGACAGAUACAGUAUCUGUUUUUACACAAGAAUCAGUUCAUAUAAUAGCAAGUAAAAAAAAAGUAGAGUUUUUAAAGCCAGCUGAAAAUGUAAAAGAUUCGGAUUGUCCUUCGGUCAAACUAAUAAUAAGAGAAAAAGUAAGAAUUACAUUUAAGUGAAUUAUAAUUUGAUUAUUUAACUUAAAAUAUUUAUGAUUCAAAAAUUAAUCAAUUUAUUUCAAAUAUAUCAUAAUGAAAUUUUUUUAUUUGUAAGUUUCAUUAUUAAAUAUCUUUUUAAUUGUGUGUACAUUUUUUUUUUCAGGGUGGCAAUGAUAAAGAUAGUUUUGAAAAAUUAAUUAAAGCUUUAAAAAGUAGUAAGAAUGGUAAAACAGUUGGUGUUUUUGGAAAAGAAAAAUACCCAGGAGUAUUUAUGGAUGCAUGGAGAUCAGAAUUUGAUAAACAGAAUUUUGAAACUGUAUGCUAAUAAUAUUUAUAAUAUUAUUAAAUAUUUAUUGUAAUUAGAUUAUAUAUAUUUUUUAAAGGUUGAUAUAAGCCCUGUAAUGGGUUUUAUUUUAAGUAUAAAAGCUGAAAAUGAAAUAACAUUAAUAAAGAAAGCUAGUUUAAGUUCAGUUGAAAUGUUUACAAAGUAUCUAAAAGAACAAAUUAUGGAAAUAAUUGAUUCAGACAAAGUAAGUGUUAUUCAGUUUAUAAUUAUGUAAAAUAUUUUGAAUGUAUUUUAUGUGUUUAUUUAGAAAGUAAAACAUACUAAACUAGUGGAAGGUUUAGAAGGAGCUUUGUCAGACAAAAAAUAUUUGCCAGGAAAUGUUGAUCCAUCUCAGUUAGAAUUUUGUUAUCCUCCUAUUAUUCAAAGUGGAGGAAAUUAUAGUUUAAAAUUUUCUGCUACUAGGUAUUUAUUUGUUCUAAUAGUUCAGAAAAUGUAUUUACUUCACAUAUUAUUACUGUUUUAGUGAUAAAAAUAUACUACAUUUUGGAGUCAUUAUAUGCAGCUUAGGAAUACGAUACAAAUCAUAUUGUUCAAAUAUUAUUAGAACAAUACUUGUCAAUCCUACAGAAGAAAUCCAGGUAUAUAAAUAUAAGCAUAUAGAACUAUUAAACUAUUAUUAUUUUAUUUUCUUUCUUAGACAAAUUAUGAGUUUUUAAUAAGUUUACAAGAUAUCUUAGUGUCAAAAUUAAAAUCGGGUAAUAAAUUAUCUGAUAUUUACAACUCUGGAUUAGAAUAUGCUAAGAAAGAAAAACCAAGUCUUGUAGCAUUUUUAACAAAAAAUUUUGGGUAAGUUAAUUGUUCUAAAUUCCUUAGUUUGAUUUACUUAAUUUUAUGUUAUAAUAUAUAAUAACUGUAGAUUUGUAAUGGGUAUUGAGUUCCGUGAAAGUUCACUUAUGAUUGCCCCAAAAACCACUGCUUCUGUUAAAAAAGGACAAGUUUAUAAUUUAUGUGUUGGUUUGUCUGGUUUAACAAACAAGGAAGGAUCCAAUAAAGAAACCAAACUUUAUGCCUUAUAUGUUGGAGAUACAGUUUUAGUAAAUGAAGUUAGUAAUUCAUUUUUUACAAAUAUUUUGGAAUGUUUUUAAAUUUAAUAAUUAUAUAAUAAAUUUUAAAUAUCCUACAGUAUUUGAGAUAUAGUAUGCUAUAUCAUGAUUUAUUUGUGUUGUUGAGUAUAGAUUGUAUUGGGUAGUACUCUGUUUUGGAUCUGUAGUUAAAUCUGGAUAAUAUUUUAAGAUAAGUGUGAUUAUAAGUCAAAUUGCUAUCAAGUACCUUUUUAAGGAUAAAGAAAACAAUUUAAAUACGUUCAUUAGCCUACAAACUACACACAAUUCUAUAUAAUCUAUACUCAAUAUAUUAUGGAUUGUUUUAAGACAAUUUGUUAAAUUUAUAAUUUGAUAUCUGGGAUAUUUUUUAAGGAUACUCCAGCCACUCUGUUAACCCCUUCAAAAAAAAAGUUAAAAAACAUUGCUAUAUACUUAAAUGAUGAUGAAGAAGAUGGAGAAGAAGAUGAUGAGAAAGAAAAUGAACCAAAGCAAGAACCAAUUGUUGGUAGAGGAAAAAGAACAGCAGUACUUGAGUCAAAACUUAGAGUAAUUAACUUAUAUAUUAAAAUUGUAUUGAAUUUAUUUUAUUUAUAAAUAAAAAUGUUAGAUGGAUUCUUCAAGUGAAGAAAAGCGUAAAUUGCAUCAAAAAGAAUUGGCUGUGGCUUUAAAUGAAGCUGCUAAACAACGCUUAGCUGAGCAAUCUAGUGGCAAACAAGCUCAAAAAGUUAGGAAGUCUAAUGUUUCCUAUAAAAACCGUAAUCAAAUGCCACAGGAAAGAGAAGUUAAAGACCUUAAAAUUUAUGUUGGUAAGUUAAUUUAUAAUUAUUUAAAAUUAAGAUACAAAUUAUAUUAAGAAAAACAUUUUUCUUCAAAUUCAUUUUGAUUUUAGACAAAAAAUAUGAAACAGUUAUACUUCCAGUAUUUGGUAUUCCAGUCCCCUUCCAUAUUUUUACUAUUAAAAAUAUUUCUCAGAGUGUUGAAGGAGAUUAUACAUACUUAAGAAUUAACUUUUUCCAUCCCGGAGCUGCUUUAGCAAGGGGUGAGAGUUAUUUUCAAAAUCCUGAAGCAAUGUUUGUUAAAGAAUUGUAAGUGACAUUAAAUUAUUAAUUUUAAAACUGCUCAUUGAAUAUUUAUAUUUAUUUAGAACAUAUCGAAGUUCCAAUACAAGAGAGCCUGGGGAGCAAAUUACAGCGUCUACAAAUUUAGUGAAUGCAUACCGUUUAAUUAAAGAAGUACAAAAAAAAUUUAAGACUCGAGAAGCUGAAGAAAAAGAAAAAGAAGAUCUUGUUAAACAAGAUACAUUAGUAUUAUCUGUUAACAAGGGUAACCCAAAACUAAAGGACUUAUAUAUUAGACCAAACAUUGUAAAUAAAAGAAUGACAGGUAAAAUGUUCGAUAAAUUAAAUAAUUAAAUUGUAAAUUUCAAGUAACACAAUACAUUUUAUGAAGGUACUUUGGAGGCCCAUUCUAAUGGAUUUAGAUAUACUUCAGUUAGAGGAGAUAAAGUUGAUAUUUUGUACAAUAAUAUUAAAAAUGCAUUUUUUCAACCCUGUGAUGGUGAAAUGAUUAUAUUGUUACAUUUUCACUUAAAGGUAAACAUUAAAUAUCUUAUCAAUUGUACUAUUUUAAAUUUAUUUAUAUUAGAUUCUAAAUAUAAUGAAGAAGAUACUCUGUGAUAAAACUAAUUCAACAGAAGUGCUCAAAAAUUUAAUGGGAGAUUCACUAAAAGUCUUACUUUAUGGUAUAAAUAAUAUAUAUUGCCCAUUUAAGAACGAUAAUGAAAUCAGAAUUGAGUUGACUGAUUUUGAAUUGAGUUUAAAAACUAUAGCUUUUUUAAGUUCUGAUAUUAUGUGAUGUUAUAUUAAAUAACUCUAUAUUGUCUUUUUUAAAGUAUGUUUUUUGUAGUAUGAUGAUUAUAAAAAACCUAUUGUCAUUCUAGGGAACGUCACUUCAAACCUGGGUUUCGACAAAAAUUAUUUGCAUUUUUUUUCCCUUUUACCCAAACAGGAAAAAAACAAAUGCAUGUUUUAGUAUACCUAGAUAUCCAGUUUUCACUCGCUCAGACUAUUUUAAUCAUAAAAUACCCCAUGGUUUGUUGUGCAAACUUUUCUACUAGAAAUCUUACUCCAAUAUUUAAAUGUAGCACUUUUUUUUGAAGAAAAUCGGACUAGGGAGGUUAGUUUUCCUAGCAAGUUAGACAAACCAAGAAAAAAACAUGGGAUAACCAGGAAAAACUUAGAAAAAAAUAACGGACAUCGGUACAAUAUCUUAAUAUCGGUAAAUUAUCUUUUUUUAUUUGACAAAAUACCGUUUGUGGUAGUGUUUUAAAAAAAAUUCAUACCUUAAUCUAUAUUAUUAUCUAAUCUAACAUUUAAUGACAUAACUUAAAAAUUGUUUUCAACAAGAGUUAGUGAACAAGUGCUAGUUAUCGUAUCAUUUAAAAGUGGAUGAAUCCAAUAUCUAUGGUUUUUAUUUUUAAAUAUUUAAGUGCUACACUUAAAAAUCUGAAUAAAAUUGAGGGUAGAAAAGUUGUCCACAGAAAACAAAAUAAUUAAAAAUUAAACAUCAUCAUAAAACUAAUAUGUUUAAAAAAAUGUUUCAUUUAUAAUAUACGAGUAUACAAUAACAGUUUUUUUAUUAAAAUAGGUAUUGUAAAUUUUGCUCAAUUUUACUACUGAGGUAAAUAUCUUGUUUCCAUGAAAUUGAAGUUACUAAUUCAAUAAAAAAAUAUAAAUGAACCGUUUUAUAAUAAAUAACAUAUACAAUAUACUUAACCAAAUAUUUAUUAAUCAUGAUCUAUUUUAUAUCUAUGCAAGUUAACUUAAUAAUAUUACUAUUCUUUUUUUUUCUUUUGUCUAUAUUUAAACUAUUUUGGAAAGCCCCCCUUGUCUUAAACUUCCAUUUCACUCUACCUUCUAUGUCAACCUCACAUGUAUUGACUGUCCUCAUAUUAUUCUCAUUUGCUUAGAACCAUCACCUUUUUCUCUUUUCUUUCUAUGGUUACUUCACAUUACCAUUCAUACUGCUUCUGAUUUCUUUCUCUUCAUGACAUGCCCAAACCACCUCAGUCAAUUUCCCCUUAUUCUGUCUACUGUUGAGGCUACACUAAUGCUUUCAUAUGUUCUCAUUUCUUAAUCUAUCCUCUGAUUACACCAUUCCUCUACUUAAGCAUUCUUAUCUCCGCUACACUCCUCCAUAUUUUAUUAUUACCGUCUGUUGUCCAACAUUCCAAAACCAUUCUCAUUACACUCUUGUAAAACUUACCAUUAAGUCUCAUUGGAAUUCCUGUGCCACAUAAGACACCAGAUGCUUCUCUCCACUUAACCCUAUGUUUUGCAUUCUCCUCAGUCAUCGUUCUUUUAUAUAAAAGACCUUAGGUACUUAAAACUCUUAAUCUCUAGUUACAUCACAGCUUAUUGUCAUUACUUGUCUCGUUCCAUCAAUGUAUUUUCCUUUUUCCCAAACUCUCCCUAUAUUUUAAUAUUAUGCUCUAUUUUACUUCCUUUUACUCUUAGUCCUUUUCCUUCAAGUGCUACUCUCCAUUUCUCAAGUUUAUUGUUGAUGAUCUUACAGAUUUUCUCCUUCCAAAACUUAAUGAUAUGCAUACAUCAUGCCUAACACAAAUACAAUCUACAAUUUAUAGUACCUAAUAUAUAAUUUCGCUGAGGGGAUUGACCAACCAUAUGCUGAUCAAUCGUUUAUAUUUAGCAUAGGUUUUUUAAUUAUUAUUUAUCUUUUUAAUUGAAUCAAAAUAAAACAAAAUUUCAUGGUACCAUUCAAUUAAUUAGAAUUUAUUAUUUCCGCCAGGAAGAUUUAUAGAAUGGCAUAUCCUAAUUUUGCAAAAUAUCUACUUUUAUAUUUAAUAAUUUGUAUUAUAACUUGAACUGAUGAAUGUAUUGGUUUUACAAUGUUAAUAUUUUUAUAGGUACUGUAUUCAAAAUGUUAACAAUGAUUAAUUGUUGAGACUUAUAUAAAUAAAAUUCCCCUUUAUAUUUUACCUUUCCGCCUUUUGAUUUACAACCUGCUUACCCAUUUUGUGAAAUAUACCAGUCCUUUAAAUCCUUUAUUGUUAGGAUGAUUAGAUUGUUUUUUGUUGUUUCAUCUAGGUUAUCGGUUUAAAAUCAACUAAAUGUAACUUAUAGAUAUAGAUGUUCUAGGUUUUCUUUUGUCAUUUUUUCUACAAUGCUUUUUUAUGCUAUUAGAAGUUUAUCACUUGCAACGAUUUCUAAGCUACCUCAAACUGUAAUACUUGAUUGAUCAUGACAAAAUAAACCACAUGUAUGUAUCAUUGAUUUAUCAAGUACUUUUGUAUCAUUUAUGUAAAAAUAAUUAAAUUUUUUCACUAUAUUAAUUAGACUUGUUAUGUCAAUAUCUCAUUUGAGUUGUUAGUCUAUUAUAAUAUAAGAUAUUUUAUAUUCUCAGAAAUUCCUUUUUGUUUGUGUGGCUGGAUUCUUUUGUUCUGUAAAAAAGCUUACAUUUUGUUUUAUUGAAAUUUUAUUUUUAAUUAUUUUUUAGUAACAAUUAAUAUUUGUUUAGAUAUUUUUAUUGAUAUCCUUUUUUUCCAAUAUUAUUUUUCUAAUAUUAAUGUUAUUUUUGAGUACAAUUAAUGGUUUACAUAUUUAGAUGACAGCCCUGUUUCAUUGGUUUUUUCUAGUUUAUCAUUAAGUGUGUCAGAUUUCUUACCUUUUGUUUUCUGUUUUUAGGUAAGAUUCUAGUAUAUUAAAAUACUUAUUAACUUACCUAUGGAUUUAAAUAUAUUAAACACAAUGGAAAAUAUUAUCAAAUGUCUUUAUGUUCCAUAAAUAUUCCUAGUAUUUUUUUUGAUUAUCUGUUUUAGUAAUUCUUCUUUAAUUGUAUUGUGUAUAAAUAACAACUGGUUCCGAUUAUAUUCUAGUGGAUAUGCAUUGCUAUUUGAUUUAAGAUUUACUCUAAUUUUUUGUUUAAAUAAAGUAUAAAUUAAAAUUGGGUUUGUGUUUGGCUCAUGUAUUUUAUUAUUUAUGAUUAUAUUAAUAUUAUAACUAUGAGAUUUGAACUAUAUUUGGGUUAUUUUUUUUCUAAUUGAUAACCAUAUAUUUUUUUGAUUAUUACAAUUUUUAUUAUAAGUAUAUCUCAAUCUUGUGAUAACUUGUAUUUAACUGACUUAAUUUAUUUUAUUUCCGUCCAAUCAAUUUUAUUUUGUGACCAUGUCAGCGUAUUUAUAAAAAUAUUGUUUUGUAGUAUCUGUGUUUAAUUGCAAGUUGCAAAAAGGCUUUAGUCUUUUUUAUAUAGUAUCUAUCUCUUAUAAUAUUUAUCAAAAUUUAGUAAACCCUCAAGUACUUUUUCAUUUUUUUUCUUCUGGGUUACCUUGUUUACAAAGGAAAUAACAAUAUUACUACUCAUUCAGAAUUGUUUAUUGUUUAAAAUUAUUUAUUGUUUCCUACAUUAUAUAAACUUUUUAUCUGUUCACCUAUAAUAGAGGCCUAUCAGUGAACAGUUAUCAAAUAUUUGUAUAAAUAUUUUUUUUAUUAUUAUUGAAUAAUAACAACAUUAAGAAAAUUGUUUGUUAUUUUUAUUUAUUUUUGGCAGCAUGCUAUUAUGUUUGGUAAGAAAAAACACUUAGAUGUACAAUUCUAUACCGAAGUUGGAGAAAUAACCACAGAUCUUGGUAAACACCAACAUAUGCAUGAUAGAGAUGAUUUAGCUGCUGAACAAUCCGAGCGCGAGUUACGUGUCAAACUAAAAACUGCAUUCAAAAGUUUCUGUGAAAAAGUAAUAAAAAUGAAAAUCUGUAUUUAUAAUAAUAUAUUUAAUAUAAUACAUUUUUUUUAAAGGUAGAAACAGUAACAAAACAAGAAAUAGAAUUUGAUACUCCAUUUAGAGAUUUAGGUUUUCCCGGAGCACCAUUUAGAAGCACAGUUCUUCUGCAGCCUACUAGUGGAUGUCUUGUGAAUUUUACAGAGUGGCCACCAUUUGUCAUUACUUUAGAAGAUGUUGAAUUAGUUCAUUUUGAAAGAGUUCAAUUCCACUUGAAAAACUUUGAUAUGAUUUUUGUUUUUAAAGAUUACCAAAAAAAAGUGGUCAUGGUUAAUGCUAUACCAAUGAACAUGUUGGAUCAUGUUAAAGAAUGGCUUAAGUAAGUAGUUACUAAAAAAUAUAUUUAUUAAAUAAAAUUUUAUAUUUUAGUUAGAAACAUUUAAAUAGAGUUUCGUAUAAUGUAGUUAUAACAAUAAAAUUGCCUUAAAUUUUUUAUUUAUAUAAUACUAUAUAACGUAUACAUUUAAGAAUGUGUUUACAUUUUUUUUUAUUAUUAUUAUUUUAUAGUUCUUGUGAUAUUCGAUAUUCUGAAGGCAUUCAAUCACUGAAUUGGACUAAAAUUAUGAAGACAAUUACUGAUGAUCCCGAAGGAUUUUUCGAAAAUGGUGGUUGGUCAUUCCUUGAUCCUGAAUCUGAUGACGAAGAAGGAGCAGCAGAUGAAGAAGAAGAAGAAGAUGAACCAUAUGAAGUAAAUAUAUUUAAUUUUUAAAAAUAUUGUAAUCAUUCAAUUAUGUGGUAUUAUUGCGUUGUUGUUUUUGUCAUAUUUUUUUAAUUAUUAUUUUUGACUUUUUAUUAAGAUUUUAAAAUUAUCAUAUUCUAAUUAUACAUUUUUAAGAUAAAAGAAACUACGUGAAUAUUUUUAAUAUUAUAACAUAGGCGCAACUAGACCACCAACUUUGGGGCCAAAAAUAUAUACAUUACAGACCCACGAAGGCAAUGCUAAUAACAGAUAAAGAAGACAAUUACAAUAUUCUUUCUUUUUUUUUUUUUAUUUAAUUGGUAAAUAUUUUAAAAAAUAAAUUCAUUAAUGAAAUGAAAAAUUUGUUAAAGAAAAAAUUGAGAGUACCAAAAAAUAAUUUUUAAAAAUAAAAUUAUACUUAAAAAAUAUUUAUUUGGCUGUGUAUUAUUAGGCUGUAUAUGGCUUAAGUUUAGAUCUCAAUUUUGUAACUUGGUGUACAUGGUUUCCAAUCUCUAGGGAUUUUAAUGACAAAAAUGUAUAAUAUUUUCAAAUUUUCUUGUGUCUUCCCAACAUAAUUUAUAACAUAUGUUUGGCCUUACUUCAGGAAAGCCAUACUUAGCACGUGAGUGGGCCACAGUUGUAGGUGAAAAGUUGAGAAGGUAGUAGAGGGAAAAUUGAAUGUAUAUCUGUAAGCAACCAUAAGCCAUUGGUAACAAAAAAAAACGAUUUUGAGCGACGUUCAAGUAAUAGGGUUGGUUGUUUAAUCAACAAUAUUUAUGUUAUAUUAUGGUAAAAUUAUUACAUAAGCAUUUUAUAUUUUUUUUAGUAUAUUUGUUUAGUAUUUUAACUAUUUUCCCUUUUUUUCCAAAUUUUCCUAAUUUUUCCCAAAAUUUCUGAUAAAAUCAAAACAAAACUUCCCUGAAGUAACUUCCCAGCCAAUUUACAUUCAGAAAAAGUGCUAUCAAUGUGAAUCUAAUCAAAAUUUCUAGUAAAAAAGUUAUUCUCAGAGAGAAAAAAAAGCAGACAUUUUUUUCCUAAUACUUUCAUUUUAUAAAUUUUCCCAUUUAUUCACAUUGAGAAAACUCCUGAGAGUAUCAAACUAUUCAAACUAUUAUAACAUUUUUUGGAAUUUGAAUUUUCUAGAACCAAGCAGCUCUACACUUUUAUAUUUUGAUUUUCAAAUAGUAGUUUAUAUUAAGUUAUAUAAAAAUCUUAAUUAAUAUUUCAUCUAUUUAUGGAAUUCUUAAUACAUGUUGCCAUUUGAAAAUCAAAAAAUUACAUAAAUGUAAAAUUGUGGAGUAGCUUGUUUCUUUAAUGGUCUAGAUUGUUGCUAUGGAAAACGAUAAUACUUUAUGUAAUAAUGGAUCACCUGGUAUACCUAUUUAGUUAAUAUUUUAAUGUAGGUAAAAAAAUACUAGAGGUACAAAGAGUUCUACAUUACAUGACACUUAUAAUUUGCAAUUAUAUAUAUCAUUAAGAAUUUUUAGAUUCUGAAGGAGAUUUUUAUCUGAUGAACAUUUCUACCAGCAAUUUUGCUCCAAUUUACAAUAAUGGCCCUUUCUCUAAAAGGAAAUCUAACUGGGAUAGUACUUUAGAAAGGUAAUGUUUCAGGGAAAAAGGGGUUAAUAGAUACAAUAUUAAACAAAUAUUAUUAAAGGAAAUAUAUAAUGCAUGUAUAUUAUUUUACCACACUAAGACAUAUAUUGUUGACAAAGCCACACUUUAAACUGAAAUCCGCCCAAAAUUGCUUUUUUGUUAGCAAUGUUUAAUUAUUGCUUUUCGAUAUACAUUAAAUUACUUAUAUUAGUGAUUGCUCUCAUCCCCAUUAUUCUAGGACAGCUUUUUAUAAAUAUAUCGUAACUUUUUUAACCUUAUUUUAUAUACAUUCAUGCUUGCAUGUAUAUAAUCUGUAUUUUGUUCUGCUUAUUAAUUAUAAAAUACAUAAAUAAAAUAUUUAGCUGCUACUGUUGAAAAAAGCUUAUAAGUUAUUUUUGAGUAUACUAAAGACCCUUUAUCUACUUUAGCUACUGCUUCCGCGUAUGGUACUAUCCACUUAUUUUAUUAAGUACCUUAUGCAUGUAAAUUUAAGAGAAAUUUCUCUUAAAUUUUAUAAUAAUAUAUUUGGCAAAAUGUAUGUAAUUUCCAAAUAGUUUUCAAUCUAUUUCAUAAGUACUGUUUAAAUUUUAUAUUUUUUGGAAAAAUAUUAAUAUCAAUUUUAGAAAUAAAAGUAGAUGCAAAGGUAUUAUUUUUGGUUUAAUUAAAUAUAUUUUAGUUUUCUAAUGUCUGAUUUUGCCCAAUGAAAUAUGUUUUAGUGAUUUUACUUUUUUUCUUGUAUGUGAAACUUAGUGAAAUAUAUUAUUAAACAUCAGUCAUAACUGUAUAUAAUACAGCAUAUCUGUAAUCAAAUGAGAAGUAGUAGGAUUAAUAUAUUUCUUACAUUAAAUAUUUUUUCAAUAAAUAUAUUUUUUUUGUUUUAUGUUUUUGCCAUUAUUUAUAUUGUUAUUUUUAAUAAAUAUAUUCUAGCCUACUGAUGUAGAAUCAUUUGAAGAAACAGAUGAUGAUGGAUCUGAAUAUUCAGAAGCUUCAGAAGAUUCUGAUAGUGAAGGUUUUAAAUUGAAUUUUAGUUUUUUUACUCUAUAAGUAAAAAUGAAAAGUGAUUAAUUGAAUUGUAACUUUUAGAAGAAGAACUUGGUUCUUCUGAUGAAUCUGGAAAGGAUUGGUCAGAUUUGGAAAGAGAAGCUGCAGAAGAAGAUCGGGAUAGGAAUGAAUUUCAGGAUGAAUAUUCAAAAAAGAAAAUUGGUAGUAGUAGUAAUCGUUUUAACAGUUCAUCAUCACAUAAGAAAUCUAGCAGUGAUAAGCACAGGUACACACUAUUUUAUAUUAUUAUUCAUUAAAGAAAAUAUAAGUUAAAAAUUUGAAGACCAAAUUGUGAAUCAACCCUGAAUGUUCUAAAAAUAAUUUUUAGAAAACACUACACACACAUGUGUUAUUUCCACACAACAUAGAGCAUUUUUUUGGCUUUAGUUUUAAUGUAAUAGUGAAUAUACGAGGAUGUAUGGGUCAUAGUCUUAUCUUUUAAUUUAAUUAUAGGUCAAUUCACUAAUAUGAAAACUAACAGCAUAAAGUUUUCAUAGCUGAUAGAAAAUUUAAUAUGUUCUGUGUUUGUAAGACGAAAACUGCACAUGUGGAUGUUCUCUAAUGAAAAUAAUAUUGUAGUUGGUAAUCACUAGUAUUUUUAAUUUUAUUUAAGGAAUAAGCUUAAACAAAGCCAUAUUUUUGUUAAUUUUGUGACAUUCUAUUUGAGUAAUUUUCCCCCCCCCAUUUUUUUUUCAAUCGUAAUGUAAAUUUGAUGAUAAAAUUUAUCUCUCACUUACCAAAAAAUUAUAUUUUCUAAAAAACUGUGAAAAAUCAAUAAAGAUAUGUUAUAGUUCUUGGUUCAUAUAUUUUUCUUUUUUAACUAAGAUUUUUUUUCAAAGUUAAAUCUUUUUAAUAAUUUAAUGAAUGAAUUAUUCAUUAUAGAUAUUCUUUUUUGUCGUAUACAAAGUCAAAUAAUGGUUUCAAAAAUUCACAUCAAACAAUCAAAGCUUUUUUGAAUAGUUAUCUAAGAAAAAGUAACAUUUUUUGGUAGGUCUUUGGCAAAGUUUUUAUAGUUAUAUCAGAAAUGUGUAUUUUUAUUAUACAUAUAUUUCUGAAUUAUGACAUUUUUUAAACAUUUAUGUUUUUGUAUAGUAUGUAUUCAAUUGGCAUAACUUCAAAAUAUUACUUGUUCUUUUGCUAGUCUUUAAUAUUCUUCAAGAGUUUUUUCCGCCAUCAAAAUUUCCCUCCACUUUAUUCGGUCUUCUAUUACCUUUCAUUCUAGCACUCCUAAUUUAUUGAGAUUUGCUUCUAUCUUAGGUAAGGUAUCCAUCUCUUUCUAGGUCUCUAUAGGUUUUCAUUCCAGCACUAUUUUAGGCAUCUUCUGAUUUCUGUGCGUAAUGUACACAAGCUACUGAAUUUAUGGGCCAUUUAUAAAACUGUUGAAAGGCGCUAUAUCCAAUUCCCGAUAUCACUUUCUUCUCUAUGUGCCUGUUUUGUUUUUAUAUAUGGGAUCAUACAUUAAUCUCCAUAUUUUUUUUACAAAUGAUCUUAACAUUCUCUCUGUGUUACUAGUAGUCGUCCUUGCUUGGCAACCAUAAAUAUUAUAUAUAAAUUAGUUUUUGUUUCAUGAAUUUUUUUAGAAUGAAUGAUGGUUUUUCAGCCUUUGUUAUCCUUAUCCAGAUUUCUUUUGACCAAUUAUUUUUGACAUUCAGCAUAACUACUAAAUAUUCAAAUCCAUUUAUUUUUCACAGAUCAUUUCUUCAUCAUCUUUGUUUUUUCCGUGUUGAUUUUUAAUACUACUCUGUUGGAUUUUUGUUCUAGGGCUUUUUCUGUAUUUAUAUGUUUAUGUUAGAAGUAAAAUAAUUUUGAGGUCAGUUUACUAUAAAUGUUUAAAAAUAAAUAUAUAGUUAAAGUCUGUUAAUUGCUGCUCAUCUAGGAGUGUUCAUAGAUAUAAAGAUUUCAGAAAAUAUAUUUAUAUAUGAAUAUAAGUAUAGAGUUAUAUUAUUAUUGUUGAAUAAUGUAUUUAUAACAUUUAUAUAAUGCAGUUAUAUAGGUAUGUCAAUUAAUCAAAAUUAUUUAUCGCUUAGCAAUUUUACUUAAACAAUAAAUUUGGCUGAGAAAUGUUACUAGUUUUACAUAAUAUAGUAAACAAUCGUUAUAAACAUGUAUUUUAUUGUUAUUUGUUAUUAUUUAUUACACAUAAAUGAGAUAAUUUUUGAUUAUGGUUAAAUUAUCUUGUUAUAAUCUUUUUAAGAAUGGUUGCUACUGCUUCUUAAAACCUUAAAAACCUGAAAUAGUCACCUGAAAUUUUCGGAAUUUUAAUUUUAAAAUUCAAUCUCUAAUUUUGUAAACAUUAAUAUUAUUAUUAUAAUAUUAUAUAUAAUAUAAUAAUAUAAUAUUAUAAUAUUAUUAUAUUAAUAUUAAUAUUAAUUAUUAAUGAAUAUUAAUUGUUUUCGCAUUUUUUUUUCUUUAUAUUAAAAUGACUAUUACUAGAAAACUAUUCAUCGAAUAGAAAUACUAAAUACAUUAAAUUUUUUUAGAAUAAAAUCUCUUGUUAAGUGAAUAAAUAAAGUUAUUCUUUUUUUGUGAUUAGGGGAUUACAUUAAAAAUUUAAUUUUUUUCUAAAUUGAUGUCUCAUUUGAAGACAAAUAAAUUGAAAAACAUUUAAUAUUAAUAGCUCAAGAAAAAUCCAUCGAACAUGGUGGGAUAUGGUGGUAUAUACCGGACAGGCAAUAUAACAAAAAUGUCUUUUUGUAUUUCAAGAGUAUUCAGGCUCUAAUAGACUUGAAACAAAAAUGAUUUACUCGAAUUAAAAGUGACAAUUACUAUGUUUUCACUGGAGGAUUUUUUGAAAAAUAUUUUCAGUUAUUACGCAAUUUUAUAUAAAAAAUAAUUAUUUAGAAAAUACAUUUUCGAGUACGAGUAGAUUGUCUGGGAAUUUUAUUCAAAAAUCUAUUUAAUUUAAUAAUACUGAGCCUGAGUACUAAUUGAAAUACGAAAAUAAAUAUUUGCUUUAUUACCAGAUGGUAGAGGUGAUAAAUGUUUAAUAUUAAUACAUUACAUGAAAUACAAAUUUUUUUAAAUUAAUUAUAGUCCAUCUAAAAAUAAGUCGUCACAAUCGUCCCAUCACAAAUCAAAUAGCAGCAGUAAUCACCAUAGUAGUAGUAACCGUCAUAGUAGUAGCAGUGGAAGUCACUCAAAACACAAGUCUACAGGAGGUGAGAAACGACGUCAUGAUGAUAAUUCUGAUCGCCAUUCAUCAAAAAAACACAAGUAAAAUUUAUUUUUCUUGAUCCAUUACAUCUGUUAUAUAUAUAUAUAUAUAUAUAUAUUAUUUGUUUGUUUUAGAAAAUAAAAAAAAUUAUCAUAGAACUGGAAAAUGGAGUCAUCGAAAUUAAUGAAAGAUAAUUAAGAUAUUUUCAUUUAGCAUUUUCAAUUCAUAUUUUUUUCUAAUAUAUUUUUUAUACAAUAUUAUUUAGGAUUACAACACAUUUUAGUAUUUAAAAUUUUUUAAGAAAGCAUUUAGUACUCCCGAAAUUUGUAAAUUUUAUUUAAAUUACUUAAUUAUAAAUACAAGGAAAAUAAAUAUUUCAUUAAUUUUUUUUAAAUAUAUAUAUAUAAUAUGAUAAAAUGUGUGGUUUUAUUUGAAUACUUAGUUUUAAAGUAUAAACAUUACAUAUUGUAAUAUUUCAUUAAUUUUAAUUUUACAAGUAGAAAUGACCCAGAUAAUACAAAUUUAACUAUUACUAUUUAAAAUAUUUUUCUUCUGAUCAAUUUGUAAACUUUCAAUAGCUGAAUAAGGUAGAGUAGCACUAACAGUUAUUGGAGGCAUACCAGGUAAAGAUAUCGGAGUUGUAAGUGGCAUUCCUGGAUAAACAUCUGUAACACAUUCAAAUUAAACCAUUAACUAAAAGUAUUAUUUUGUAUAUUGAUGUGAAACAAGUUACUGUAACAAUACAAUUAUUCCACAUAAAACUAUUUUUUAUUGACACCUUGCCAUUAAUUGAACAAUUUGUAAGUAUCCAGGGGCAUAUUUAGCAAAUUCUUAAAUUAGGUUAUUUAUAUUUAUUCUAGAAGUUAGAUUCUUUUAAAUGUUUAUUACAGCCAAGACAUUUAGGCGAUCACUUUUUAUUACCGAUCUAAGAUAGUUAUUAACUUUUUUAUGGUUGAAAAUAAUCCUUCCUGGGAACAAUUUGUUAAUUUUUUUUGAUCGUAUCAUGACAUUUAGGUUUCAGAUACUUGUUAGUGCUUUAUCUAUAGAAAAUUAAACAUAACUUUAGAAGUUUACAAAUUCAUUACAAGAGCUUUUAUCUAAAUUAUCUGAAUAUUUUACAAAGUUUUGCAGCAUAUGUAAAAAUUUCUGAUUCCUAUAUGCUGAUAUACUAUAUUAUAUGCUUUUUCUCAUAUAGACCAACAUGUUAGUUAUUUCUUUUACAAGAAGUAAAAGUUAAAAAAAACUAGUACUGCAUAUACUAAUGAGAUUAAGUGCGCUGAACAAAGCAUGUAAUCUAGAUAUAUUUUGACCUGGAACUGUUAUCCAAUAUAUAGUCCAAAUAUAUUCAUUAUGUUAUCAUGAGAUUGUCUUCUAAGGUUUUUCGAGGUACUCUAAGAUACUACUUUUACCUCCAUUAACUCUUUCUGAUCUUUGUACUUUGCACUUGUUUAAUCUAUUAUUGAGUAAGGUUUUGUCUUUUGGCACUCCUACCUCGCCAUGGAUCAGUUAUAUGUUGAAUGUGCCUCUGCCUGACCUUUCCAAAAUUGGUCACUUCCUA